UGUGCCCAAGCCCGGAUCAUCAUCUUCUUCUUCUUCACUACACCCGAGUCCUGAGGAGCCCCGAGAAAAUCACUGCCGACAGAUUUCGACACUUAUGAAUGGCUUGGAGGGUACUUGAGAAAAAGGGAAUACAUUCAAGUCUUGCUAGAGCUCUAAAGUCAACACAGCAAAGACAUGAAGUAGGGUUGGUUACUUCAUCAGUUCCUGGGGAUGCAGCGAAAUCAGUUUCUGCCUUACUCGGAUGCGUAUCAGAUACCUUUUUUGUCUCACUAUCACAGGCACGGGGUUCUGAUCAUUGUGAAAAAUUGACAAAAGAACUCCAACUUCGGUGUUAUCAUGCGAGCACAAGAUUAUGUGCAAGAAUGAGAGGUGCUGAGGCGGCUGUUGGUCUGAAGGCUCCGGAAAGAGGGAAGUUUGUGCAAAAGGUCAAGAAAAGCCAGCCACCUGUUGAAGCUCCAUACAUACCUCCACGAAUGCAAAAGCCUACGAAAUCGCUGGAUAAAACAAUAGACAUAUUUGAGGGGAUGACACUUGUGGAGUUUGCGAAACGUACUGGGCAGUCAGUGGCCACUCUGCAAAAUAUCCUUAUAAGUGUUGGGGAAAAGGUUAUCUCAGAGUUUGAUACUCUCAGCAUCGAUGUUGUGGAGCUGGUAGCAAUGGAAGCUGGGAUCAAUGUAAGGAGGCAACACUCGAAUGAAGGUGCAGAGAUUCUUCCUCGGCCUCCAGUUGUAACUGUUAUGGGUCAUGUUGACCAUGGGAAAACUUCUCUUUUGGAUGCUUUACGCCAGACGUCGGUGGCUGCUAGGGAAGCUGGGGGCAUAACUCAGCAUCUUGGUGCUUUUGUGGUUGCCAUGCCAUCUGGAGCGUUUAUCACGUUCCUUGAUACACCUGGUCAUGCAGCAUUUAGUGCGAUGCGAGCAAGAGGUGCUGCAGUCACAGAUAUAGUUGUGCUUGUUGUAGCUGCUGAUGAUGGGGUAAUGCCUCAGACUCUUGAAGCCAUUUCUCAUGCAAAGGCGGCCAAGGUACCAAUUGUCGUUGCAAUUAAUAAGUGCGAUAAACCAGCUGCUGACCCAGAAAGAGUAAAAGUCCAUCUUGCUUCAGAGGGCGUGCUGCUAGAGGAUAUGGGUGGAGAUGUUCAGGUGGUUCGUGUUUCAGCACUGAAGAAAACAGGAUUAGAUGACUUAGAGGAGGCUUUGCUUCUCCAGGCAGAGAUGAUGGAUCUAAAAGCGCGAGUUGACGGUACUGCUCAAGCUUAUGUGGUGGAGGCAAGACUUGACAGAGGAAAGGGUCCACUGGCCACUGCAAUAGUGAAAGCAGGGACUUUGGUAUGUGGGCAGCUUGUGGUCGUCGGCUCACAGUGGGGUAGGAUAAGAGCAAUUAGAGACAUGUCUGGGAAGUUAACGGAGAAGGCAAAACCUGCUAUGCCCGUUGAGAUUGAAGGGUUGAAGGGUUUGCCAAUGGCCGGUGAUGAUAUUGUUGUUGUGGAGUCUGAGGAGCGAGCCAGAAUGCUCAGUGAAGGGAGAAAACGGAAAUUUGAGGCUGAUAGACUUAGAAAGAUUAGUGAGGGGAGGGAAGAAGUUCCAGAAGAACAAUCAGAAGAGGCUCCUAAGCGGGUUGAGAUGCCAAUAAUUGUAAAAGCAGAUGUUCAGGGUACUGUCCAAGCUGUUACGGAUGCAUUAAAGAGUUUAAAUAGUCCUCAGGUUUUUGUUAAUGUAGUACAUGUUGGUGUUGGGCCUAUUUCUCAGUCAGAUUUAGACUUGGCACAAGCAUGUGGCGCUUGUAUAGUUGGAUUCAAUAUAAAAAGCCCACCUAGCUCCAUCAGUUUGGAAGCUACUCAAGCCGGUAUAAAGAUAUUUCUGCACCGUGUGAUCUAUCACCUUUUGGAGGAUGUCGGCAAUUUGAUUGUAGACAAGGCCCCCGGGACUCCUGAAACCCAUGUCGCUGGGGAGGCUGAGGUGCUGAACAUCUUUGAGAUUAAAGGACGCAAAAAGGGGAAUGCAAAGAUUGCUGGAUGCCGGGUGCUUGACGGACAAUUAACCAAAACCUCAACCGUAAGGCUUCUGAGAAGUGGGGAGGUCAUGUUUGAAGGACCCUGUGCGUCUCUCAAGCGAGAGGCGCAGGACGUCGACGCGGUGAAGAAGGGGAACGAGUGUGGGGUCAUCAUCGAAGAUUGGAAUGACUUGAGGGUUGGAGACGUCAUUCAGUGUUUGGAGCAAGUGGUAAGGAAGCCAAAGUUCAUUUCCUCCCAGAGCGGUGCUGUUCGGAUAGAAUGCUGAUGACUGAUUUUUGGUGCUGUUCGGAUAGAAUGCUGAUGACUGAUUUUUGUUUCUCAUUUAUAGCUAUUCAGAUAUAGUUUGUUUCUCCUCUAGUUGCUACUUCACAUAUUCCUGAUAAGGUAGAGCUCGACCUGAUGGGGUUCAUCCACACAUUUUAAAAAUUUUGCUUGCCAAGCUAUAUGUACUUUAAGAAAUCGCAUUCAAAUUUACUCUGUAGUCAUUUUUGGAAGAUCAUAGUGAAUAUCUUUACACAAGUUUUGGUGUAAAUUUGUUGUACCAUGAAGAAUCAAAUUAUAAUUGUAAGAAAUAACGGUGAAUGAAA